CAACAAAUCAACCACUAGACUAAUCUUGAUCUUAUCUUUGUUCUAUGUAAUUUUUAAUCUGCUACCAUUGACUACCUCAACAGAAAUAUUUUCAAAUCCCCUAUCCAUCACGCAAUGAAUCCACCUCAACCCCCAACCACACUCAAAGUAGACAAGGCAGUGACUCUCUCCCUAGAAGAUGACUUCGUCACCGUAACCGAUAACCGUCCCUCCUCACGCGGACGGACGAGAACCAAGAAAUAUUGCUGCGGGUUAUUAUCCACACGAGAACACCAAUCCAACUACAAGCUCGACCGCUACGGCAUCAUCAACGCAGAAGUCACCACCAACAAUCUCACAAUCACCUACGUCGACGGCAACGAUCUAGACAUCAUCCACUAUCCCAUCCGCCCCGACGAACACGCUCAAGCCACCACCUGGACGCAGCACCUGCUAGCCCGCGCCUACGGCCAAGCACAACCCUUCAAACGCCUCAAGGUAAUCAUCAACCCGUUCUGCUCCGGCGCAGUGACCAAAUUCCGCACGCUCGCUGCGCCGAUCCUCGCCGCGGCACACUGCCACAUCGAUGUCGAGGAGACACGCUACAAAGGCCACGCCAGUGAGAUUGCGGAGCAGAUUGAUCUCGACGCCUACGACGCGAUCGUGUGCUGCUCGGGCGACGGGCUGCCGCAUGAGGCGUUCAACGGGCUGGCGCGCCGGCCGGAUGCCGUCAAGGCGCUGACGACGAUGGCCGUGGCCAUGAUUCCCUGCGGAUCCGGCAACGCGAUGGCGUGGAAUCUGUUCGGGACGGACGACGUCGCGCAGGCGGCGCUGACGAUUGUGAAGGGCCUCAAAAUGCCCCUGGAUUUGCUCUCGGUCACCCAGGGCGAUCGGCAUACGGUGUCCUUCCUGUCGCAGUCUUUGGGCGUGCUGGCGGACUCGGACCUCAAGACGGAGCAUCUGCGGUGGAUGGGUGAUCAUCGCUUCAUCUAUGGCGUUCUCACUACGAUUGCGCAGCGGACGGCGUAUCCCUGUGAGCUGGCUUUUAAGACGGUCAUUGGGGAUAAGGUGGAGAUCCAGGAGUAUUACGAACUUGCGAGGGUCCGGUUGUUGGAGUCGUCGGAUGUGGUGACUGAAGAAUCGAGGGCGGGUUCGAGUGGCCUGCCGCUGAAGUAUGGCACGGUCCUCGACGAUAUCCCGGAGGACUGGGAGGUGGUCUCCGGCGAAGGUUUGUCGAGCUUUUACGCCAGUAAUAUGGCGAUUGUGGCCAAGGAUACGAACUUCUUUCCGGCCGCGUUACCCAGCGACGGACUCUUGGAUGUCAUGACGGUGUUCGACACGAUUGGGAUCGUAGGGGCACUCGACGCUACCGUCAAGCUGCCUCAGGGAAAAUGCUUUGAGCUCGGCGAUGUGCACAUGCAGAAGGUCUCGGCGUACCGUCUUACGCCCAAGGAGAAAGAGGGGUGCAUCAGUGUGGAUGGUGAGUGGUAUCCGUUUGAGGCCUUCCAGGUAGAAGUGCACCAGGGUCUGGGUCGGGUGCUCUCAAAUUUGCGUCAUGCAUACCACGUAUGAACCACAUGCAAGCGUUCGCAGGAUGCACGAGGUUUGGAGCACAGUCAUGCAGGGACCCUUUUAUGGAUGAUUUCACAGAAGUUCAGAGUCUUUGAGUGGACUGGCCCUUGAGCUUGGAACAGGAAAAUAGGAGGAACUCGCGGAGGGCCCAGAGGC